AUGUUAAUUAGAAGUUCGAAACACAUCAAGUUAUUAAAUACACAAAAAAAAAAAUUUUGGAAUUUGAUGGAAACACAAGAAAGCAAGUCUAAAUCUACGUGUAAUUGCGAAGAACCCCAGCAGACUCCACUCAUCACUGAUAUCUGUAGAAUAUGUUUAGAAUCCGGUUCAAAUGAACUAAAUAAAUUCAUUACGCAUUGCCAUUGCCGAGGAAGUAUUGGAAAAGUGCAUAAAGAGUGCUUAGAAAAAUGGCUUGUACGUUCUGACACAAACGGUUGUGAAAUUUGUAAUUUUCAAUACAAAACCAAACGGAAUAACAAGUACUCAUUGCUGGGCUCGGUUAAAGAAUGGUACUGCAACCGCGAGAACCAACACGAAAUCGGGGAAAUGGUGAACGACGGAUGGCUGCUACUCAAAACUGCGCCGUUCAUACUGCUCCUGUCGUUCGCCGGGAUGUACAUAGCCAAUCAUAUUUUUAUUGCAAAAAUACAGAUUUUUAAUGACCUAAUCGAUCGAAUAAUAUCACUGGGCGUUUGCACGACAAUAAUAUUUGUGGAUCUUUUAAUAUCCCUAGUUAUUUCAUACAGAAUACACUAUCAUAUUCAGAACUGGUUGGAUUUCUAUCAUAACAAUCAAGAAGUUAUCAUAAUAGAUCCAAAUCUCCCGGAAGAUACUUUGUAA